AUGGCGACUCGUCUCCGGCAAAUUUCUUCAGCAUUUUAUCUUUUCCUCUUGCUUCAUUGCCUCCUAAUUGUCGCCGUUAACUGCAAGACUCUCAAACGAGACGUUAAAGCAUUAAAUGAAAUAAAAGCAUCACUGGGAUGGAGAGUGGUAUAUGCUUGGGUUGGUGAUGAUCCUUGUGGAGAUGGUGAUUUGCCCCCAUGGUCUGGUGUCACAUGUACCACUGUGAGUGGUGGCGACUAUAGAGUUGUUACGGAAUUGGAAGUUUAUGCAGUCUCUAUUGUCGGUCCUUUCCCACUUGCGGUUACCAAUCUGGUUGAUCUUACUAGGCUGGAUCUACACAAUAACAAACUCACCGGGCCAAUUCCACCUCAAAUUGGGCGGUUGAAGCAUCUUAAGAUACUUAAUUUGAGGUGGAAUAAGCUGCAAGAUUCCAUUCCUCCAGAAAUUGGUGAACUAAAGCAGUUAACCCAUCUUUAUUUGAGUUUUAAUAGCUUCAAAGGUGAAAUCCCAAAGGAGCUUGCAAAUCUUCCUGAACUUCGUUAUCUCCAACUUCAUGAAAAUCGGCUGACUGGGAGAAUUCCUCCUGAAUUGGGAACUUUGCCAAACCUGCGGCACUUGGAUGUUGGUAACAACCAUUUGGUUGGGACAAUAAGGGAACUCAUACGUAUCGAGGGAUGCUUCCCAGCUCUUCGUAACCUAUAUCUUAAUAACAACUAUCUAACUGGAGGUAUUCCAGCACAGCUUGCAAAUUUGGCAAAAUUGGAGAUCUUAUAUCUAUCUGGAAACAAAAUGUCUGGAAUCAUACCAUCUGGUCUUGCUCAUAUACCUCAAUUGACUUAUUUGUAUCUGGAUCACAAUCAAUUUUCCGGUAGAAUUCCUGAUGCCAUCUACAAGCACCCAUUCUUAAAGGAAAUGUACAUCGAAGGAAAUUCAUUCCGGCCAGGCGUCAACCCAAUUGGUUUCCACAAAGUCCUAGAACUUUCAGACUCGGACUUUGUAGUUUAG